AUGUCCCGUCACCUGGCGGACUUUGCCCAAUAUAUCCUCUCGAAACGUCUUGUCUGGGCGCUUGAAUCCUCAGCAUUCGGGCAACGGUAUGAUGACGAUGGAGACAUCUCGGAUUCCUUUCCAGACGAAGGAGUUCGCUUCACCGAGAGCAUUGUCCCACGUCGGGGCCAAAAUGUUGCCUCGGAACCGGUUACUUUGGAGUAUCGUUUUCAUGAUGCAGCGAGGACCACCUAUCUGCGUCGGGCGCGAUUUACCACCAGUUCGGGAAUGAUCGGUAUUGGGCCAGAGGCUAUGGCGUUAAACGAUGCCCUCUGCGUACUCUGCGGAACCGAUGUCCCAUUUGUCGUUCGACGACUGGGGAACUCCUAUUCCUUGAUCGGUGAAUGCUAUGUUCGAGAUAUCAUGCAUGGAGAGGCCAUGGAACGUCUUGCUCAACCGGGUAGUGGACUUGAAGAGGCCUGGAUUGGAUUGAUAUAA